AUGUCUCUUGCUGAAGCACGCCGAUUUGCCGACUCCGGCGACAAUUCUAAGGCCGAGUCGGUAUACAAAACCAUUAUCAGCAACACCAACAAACCGGAAGGUCCAGAAGCUGCCACUACAGAAACUGCCAUGCUUGAGCUCGGCAAAAUUUACCAGAAACAGAACCAAGCCGAAGCUUUAAAGGACCUUAUUACGGAGUCUAGGACGGUUCUCGGUAGUUUUUCCAAAUCCAAAACAGCAAAAAUCGUCAAGACACUUAUAGAGUACUUUGAUACCAUUCCGGAGUCUCUUGAUAUCCAGAUGCAAACAGCCAAGGAUAGCAUCGACUGGGCUAUCGCUUCCAAGUUGACCUUCUUGAAACAGUCUCUUCAACUCAAGCUCGCGGAGUUGCUCUACAAGAAGACGCUUUACCAACAGGCACUCACCAUCAUCACCGAAUUGCUCAGAGAAUAUAAGAAACUCGACGAUAAGUCGUCGCUCAUAGAAGUGCAAUUGUUGGAGCUGAAGUUGUACCAUCAGUUGCGCAACAUUCCCAAGGCUAAGGCAGCUUUGACUCUGGCCCGUACUUCGGCCAAUUCCAUCUAUUGUCCUACCCUUCUUCAGGGUGAGCUUGACAGCCAGUCUGGUAUUCUCAACGCUGAAGAUAAAGACUAUAAGACAGCUUACUCGUACUUCUACGAAGCAUUCGAGGCAUUCAACUCGCAGGACGACUCGCGCGCCGUGCCAGUUCUAAAGUACAUGCUUUUGUCCAAAAUCAUGCUCAACUUGAGCGACGACGUAGCUACUUUACUUAAAAACAAGAACGUGGUCAAGUUCCAGUCGCGCGAUAUUGACGCCAUGAAGGCCAUUGCACAGGCUUACUCCAAUCGAUCACUCCAUGAAUUCGAGCAAGCCCUCACCACCUACGGCUCGGAAUUGAAACUGGACGCCAUCAUCAAGUACCACUUCAAUGCUUUGUACGACAACUUGUUGGAGCAGAAUCUCCUCAAGAUCAUCGAGCUGUACAGCUGUGUGGAACUCUCGCAUAUUUCUCGCACCUUGGGUCUCGAAUUGGCCCAAGUCGAAGGUAAAUUAUCCCAGAUGAUUCUUGAUAAAGUGUUUUACGGAGUGUUAGAUCAGGGCAAUGGAUGGUUGAUUAUAUACGACGAACCUCGCCAGGACGCCGCCUAUGACUCGGCGUUGGAGUUGGUGAAGAACAUGUCCAAUGUUGUCGAUUUAUUAUACCAGAAGGCUGCCGCAUUGAACUAG